AGUACUAUUACUUAUUCGGUGUAUGUGUGGAUCGACUGACAUAUUUCAUCUCCACCUAUUAUCUUUUAUUAAAACGCUAACAUCUAAUCUAUCUAAGGAUAAUCGGCUAAUCAGCUAAACUCAUUGUCAACCCAUUUAUAGAAAAGGACCUACAAUUUAUAUCAACAACAAUUAAGCAAAUAUUUUCUAUUAAAUUUAUAGGCUCUUGUUAUUCAAAGAAGCGAAAGAAAGCGAUACUAUUUUAGCCGUUAUGCAUACUUAAUAAACUAAAGGCUGGACCGUUUAUGAUUCUAAUGUUGCAAGUACUUCAUGACAAAGGUGCAUGAGAAAUGUUAAUGUCAAAAUGACAACAGGAAAAUACUCCAUUGUCAAACGUCAUAUCUAUCAUACAAAAUGUAAUUGACAGCAUUUCGACGAGAAAUCACUCUAAUCUGUGGACAAGAACGGACUUUUAUUUAUAUUGUGGCGGUAUCGAUUCUUCAAAAUAUUGUUUAAAAAGCAAAAAUAUAUCAUACAGUUUGUACAUAGUUUCAUCAUUACGGUGUCUUUUAUUUGUAUUGAGAUUAUGUUAAUUUCAUGGAACAAUGUGUGACGAAAGCCCAGAAGAGAGACAAAAAGAUGAACUUGUAUCAUUGGAGUCAAUAUACCCAAAUCUGGUACAAGAUCUGCGUGCAAAUACAGCAUGGAACAUAUGGAGACCGAAUGAUUUCCUUCUAAAACUACUCCCGUUGCACAACUCUGAUGUUGAAGGCAUACAUUGUUCGGUUACAUUACGAUUCACUUGCUGCCACAAAUAUCCAGAUAAACCUCCUACAAUAGUAAUUCACGAGCACAAAGGGUUGUCAAUUGAAAAUGCUUCAAAACUACUUGAAGACUUGAACAAUUUAGCAAAACAAAAAUGUGGAGAAGUCAUGAUAUUUGAAUUGGCUGAACAUACACGGCAAUUCCUUCAUGAGCACAACAAGCCUACACUGUCCUUCUACGAUGAAAUGUUGAAACAGAAAAAUGAAAAAGAACAAUUAAUCAGACAAGAAAAACAGGAAGAGCGUAAAAAAAUCAAGGACGAAAUCCAAAAGAGACACGAAAUGUAUAUUGCAGCGAGGCAACAGAGUGCUGGUCGUAAAAGUGGCAGCGGUCUAGAUGCAGACAGCAGUGAAGGUACCAAGGACGCUCCUGAGCUCGUGUUUUACGCGGACAGUUACAUGUCCCCCAUCAAGAAGGUGCCACGUGACCGCCCUAAAUACGUCAGUUGUACCUGCAACUUGGAUAAUUUGCAUACAUUAAAAGUCUCGCAGAGGAAAAAUAGCAAAGUGUACAUUGGGAAAUGCUUAGGUCACUCCUCCAACGGAGCUACAACAUACUUGGCUAUCGAAGACUCUGGUGAAUACCUCAUCGCCAGGAAAUGGUGCUUACCAUCAGCUUCUGACUUCCAAACCCGCACUCGACGAAUGGACUUACUCCGCCUAGACUUAAAAUCAAUGUGCCGUUUACAGCAUUCCUCGUUAGUGCCAUACGUUGCUAUAGAAAUAAGUAAAGAAAACAAACGGACAGCAACGCAAACAGUUUACAUAUUUAGAAAUUAUAUUCUAGGCUAUUCCUUGAAGUAUUUAAUAGAGAAGUGUAAAUAUAGUGAUAAAUAUGAAGUGUUGAAGCUAGUGAGACAUAUUGGUGUUGGUAUUUUCAGUGCAUUGACAGAAUUGCAUAGUGUUAACUUGUUGCACAGAGACGUUAGGUGCGAGAAUGUUUACUUGGACGAUUUAGGCGUGGUCAAGUUGGUCGGUGCUAGUUUAGAUCUGAGGCUAGCGGAGAUGCUCGAAGGCGAAAAUUACUGUGAUAGUCAAUCUCAAGCGCAAGAUAUAUACACUGCUGCACAGCUGUUGAUAUCUUUAAUAGCACAAGAAAGGAACUCCCACGAAAUACCCCCAGAAUUGCCCAGCGCUGCCAAAGAUUUCUUCUCAAAAUGUUUAACAGAAGAUGAGUAUUCUCAGUGGUCUGCUGAGAAACUAGUCAGCCAUGGGUUCCUGGUCGACGUUCCCGCCAAGCAGCCGAGCAAUAAGCAGCCUGGCGAUGGUGGUAGCGGAUCCGAUGACGAUGAAGAGGUUAUAAAAAUACGCAGCAUAAUCCCGACCACGAGUGGCCACUCUCGCCUCACAGACGAGUUCGAAGAGCUUGCAUGGCUCGGCCAGGGUGCUUUUGGCGAUGUCCUGAAGGUGAAAAAUAAACUCGACGGCGGAUUCUAUGCGUUGAAACGCGUCAAAUUGAACCCCGAAAACGUUCAACUGAACAGGAAGAUCACGCGGGAGGUGAAACUGCUGUCUCGGUUGAACCACGAGAACGUGGUUCGUUAUUACAACGCCUGGAUAGAGUCGAUCACCGACGUGGAUGAUGAUGAUGAUGACUCGUCCAGUUGUAGCGUUGCUAAAACACCAACAAGGAAGAAACCUGGUGCUAGUCUCGAGGGUGUCGUCGCUAAAUUAGGCCAGGAGGUCAAAUUAGAAUGGUCCAUGUGCGAAGGGACCGGACCCAAACGGAACUCCACGUCCGACAGUGAAGAGGACGUGGAUGAUGAUGAAGCGCUACCACUGUUUAAAAUGAGCCCUGAAGACGAUUCCAGCUGUAGCAUAGAAUUCGCCGGCGAUUCAGACAACAAAUCGCAGACCAUAGCUUCGGAUGCCGUACCUGACACCCCGAAACCGCAGUCCGUACGUUUGAACCAGGUGCUCUAUAUACAAAUGGAGUUCUGCGAGAAACACACACUUCGCCAAGCCAUAGACAACUGUUUGUACCAAGAGCACACAAGAGCAUGGAGGUUGUUUAGAGAAAUAGUGGAAGGGUUAGCUCAUGUACACCAAAGAGGCAUGAUACACAGAGAUUUGAAGCCAGUCAAUAUUUUUUUGGACUCGAAUGACCAUGUUAAGAUUGGAGAUUUUGGCCUAGCAACUAAAGCGCUCACAGGGUUGCCAGUUGAUGAAAAAGCGAAACAAGAAGAAAUACAAGGUUCCUUGACUGGACAAGUCGGCACAGCUCUCUACUUAGCUCCAGAGCUCCUGCAGUCCACAGGAAAGGUUAUAUACAACCAGAAAGUCGACAUAUACUCCCUCGGGAUCAUCCUAUUUGAGAUGUUUCAUCCCCCACUGAGCACUGGGAUGGAAAGGGUGAAAGUGCUCAACAAUCUCAGAACCAAAGACAUAUUGAUGCCAAGUGAUUUUAUAACGGAGGAAAAUGCAAAGCAAAUAUAUGUUAUUCAGUGGCUGCUGCGGCACGACCCGCGCGAGCGGCCCACGUGCGCGGAGCUGCUGGGCAGCGGGCGCGUGCCGCGCGAGGUGGCCGAGGGCGCGCUGGCCGGGCUGCUGGCGCUGGCGCACUGCGGCCGCCGCCGCCCCUACCAGCGGCUCGUGGCCGCCUGCCUGGCGCCGCGGCCCUCGCCCGCCGAGGACUACACCUACCACAACGACAUGCGCGCGCGGCCCGACCGCCAGCUCGCCACGCUCGCCCGCACUCUCGUCAAGGUGUUCCAGAGUCACGGUGCGGUAGAGUUCACACCACCUCUGCUCACGCCGAAAGCCAAGAGUUGGGAACAACACCCCAAAGCAGUCACUGUGAUGACCGCUAGCGGUACCGUCUGCCAUUUACCCCACGAUCUAAGGCUUCCAUUCGCGAGGCACACCGCAUAUUCUGGCACGAAAUAUAUGAGACGUUAUGUCGUGGACAAGAUAUAUAGAGAGAAACACGUGCCGGGGUUCCAUCCACGGGAAAUUGUUGAAUGCGCAUUCGAUAUCGUCAGCCCUCAGAGCGAUUCUCUAUGGCCAGACGCGGAACUCCUUGUUGUGGCGAGUAGGGCUGCCUCCGCGUGUAAUCUAAAAGUGACGUUACAACUAAACCACGCAGUGCUUCUGCAAACCGUACUUCUCUCUUGUGGGGUACCGCUAGACAAGCAUGCAGACAUAUAUCCAGUUCUUGUACAAGUUGGAUUGGGACGUAUUACAAGAUUACAACUGCAGACCCAUCUAGAAUCGCUUUGUAUAUCGACGAGGGAUAAAACAAACCUCCUCCGCUUAAUGGAGACCAAUGUGCCCAUCCAGGAGGUGAAAGAAAUAGUAUUUGAUAGCAAAUUGAGGAGUGCCAAGUGGAGUAAGAAAAUCAACCAGGCAUUGGACGAGUUGGAAGCUGUAUAUGUGAAUGCCAAAGCUCUUGGCUGCGAGUGUCCCAUGACUGUGGCUCCGUGUUUGGCAUACAACGCGAAGCAGCACAACGGUGUAUUCUGGCAAAUGAGCGUAGCCCGCCAUUGGGAACACAAGCCAACCGCUAAACAACUGUCUGGCGACCUCAUCGCGGCUGGAGGAAGAUACGACGCCCUCGUCGAAGAGUUCUGGGAGGUGGCCAGGACGGAGAUGGACCAAAAUGAACAGUUGAAGAGCUGCUCUGUCGGCUUCUCCAUGUCGCUGGAGAGAAUAGUCGCCAUAUUGAAAAAGAUGGAAGUCGAUUUACCGCCUACAAUGAAAGAUAACGACUCAUCGCUCAUAUGCGUGUACGUGUCGGGCAAAGCGGGCAACGACAAGGAGGGCCAGGCGGCGGCGCUGUGCGCGGGCGUGGCGCGCGAGCUGUGGGCGGCGGGCCGGCGCUGCGCGGGCUGGCCGGCCGGCGACGCGCGCGACCUGGCGCGCGCCGCGCUCGUGCUGCGGCCCGCCGGCGCCUGCCUGCGCGCCACCUGCUGGGCCAGCCGCGUGAUAGAGGCCAAAUUAGCACCUUGCGAGGUAAUUGACUUCGUGAAACAAAACCUCAGCCCUACUAUUCCACGAACACCAGAGGGAUCAAGCAGCAGGUCAAUGAGUUUGAGCGACAUAGAGAAACCAAGUAACGUCACGUGUUCUAUCAUGUAUAUCACGUCGAAGGAUGACUCCAUGAAUAGAAACACGAGAAGAUUAUUGGAAAACCAGAUCCACACGGCGGUGACGUCGCUGGCGUCCUCGCUAGGGGUGGCGGGACGGGCUCGGGCGCGGGUGCUGGCGCUGGGCUGCGACGCGGCCGCGCUGCGGGCCCUCGCCGCGCACACCGAGCUGGCCGCGCUGCGGGCCCCGCGCCCACACACGCCGCCAUUCAUCAAAAACAAUAAUGUUCUAGAAGAAGCAUUAGAAGAGUUGACAAUCAUUGCCAACCAGACAAACUCGAAUCGGUCCACGGAGGAGACCCAGCUCAUCAUCCUGUACUCCAUACACGAUUCCAUAUGUAAAAUAGUAACUUAAUAGCAAAUAUUGUAAUGCAAACAGUGGCAACACAACGCGACGUGAUUUCGAGUAAAAUUUAUGUAUUUAUAACCAACACGGCAGUUUAAAAUUAAACAUUACAAAUUUGAUAGAUAAUUCUGGUGUUGCCACAUUUCUGUAUGAAUCAACAUACCUCCUAAACACUUCACUGGUUUUUUUUUUUAUAUUUACCAAUAGUACUUUUCUUACUGUUACAUAUACAGUAUAUAUAUUUUUAUUUUAAUAAAAUGACAAUUAAUUGAUAAUCCUGCUUGGUGGGACACCAGUGAGGGAUAGGAGAUGAGAAUGGAAGCGAGUCAGUUGGUCAAUACCAUCAUGUCGUAUUCAUUAGAGAUUAUGGAAUGGUUUCUAAAAAUAACUACGUAGAGAUCGACCUCAGUAUAUUUGUUAGUAUGGAAUAUAUAUGUAUAAUCUAUAAUAGCAAUGGGUUGCCCCUUUAAUCAACCACGUCAUUCCAUUUUUAACAUUAUGUUCAACUUAUAAAGUUGUUAUUUAGUUGUACAUUAAAAAUUAUUAGUUGUAAAAUAAUUGCUGGUAAUGGAGGAACAUUAUAAGCAAUUUGAAAACUCGAAAGAACUGGAACAGAGAAAGAGAUUUGUACUAAAUGUUUUGCCUUUUUCUUUCACAAUUAUAACGUAAUCAAAAGGAGACAACUCACUUUUUUAAUAAUUAUUUGACGUUUUUAUGAAUUAGAAAGUUGCAGCCCUAAUUAUAAAAAUUGAACAUAUAAACUUAUUUUAUCCAUUAAUGUUUUGUCACUUUCGUUCAUAUUCAAAAUUCAGCGGAAAAGAAAAAGACAAAUCAAUAGCUAAAAUAGUUUUUAUUGGAUAUCUUACUUUUUUAUGUAUUAGGAAGUUAAACUUUUAUUUUAUUUAGGAUUAUUGAGUACAAAUAAAAUUAGUUGUGUAGUUACUAACGUCUUGUUGUUGACGCAUUGAACUAUAAAUCGUUAAUUUUACAAUUGCUAUUGUAUUUUUUUAAUCGAAUAAUUUUACUAGACUUUUACAAAUGUAGUUACGUCUAAUUUUAAGACUAUUAUCGAUAUAUGGAAUGCCUAAUUUUAAAUGUUGCCAUGACAAAAAAAAAAGUAUUUUAAUUAAAUAGCGUCUAUGCUACUUCGUUAUAUUUGACUUUAUUUUAUGCCAAUUAGCAUUUACCAAAUUUAGAUUAAUAUUUUGUUACUAGUUAGAGUAUGACCAUAAACAGUUUUUUAAAAUUAUAUUAUAAAUUCACAAAUAAGUUUAUAGAUCUAUUGUUGUGAUAAAAAAAAAAGAUAACGCAUUUAAAAACUUUUGGUGUUUAGUCAUUUAUUUAAAGGAUAUGUUAGGCAUUUUUGCAUGUCUUACAAUUUUUAUGAUACACACAAUGUAUUCAAGUAUUAUUUAGGAUAAUUCUAAAUACAAAACUGACAGUUUUUAUUUUUUUUUUUAUGAUAAUAUUCUCUUUAUUUUAAAUGUUAUGUACAAAGUUCUUAGUGCAAAAUAUGCUAAUCCCAUAAUACAAAAGAGCAUUAAUGCUCGUUUUAGAAUAUGCUGUCAUAUUCGUAAACUAAAGAGAGAUUGAAUUGGUAGAUUAUUUGACAUUUCCUAUGAUAUAAAAAAACGUGUCAAUAAUUUUAUCAAUAAGUCACGAUAUCUUCAUCCAUAAUUCAUUAACUUCUUUAUAUGGAAGUUUUGUAGUCUUAUAAUGAUAAAUUGUUAUGAACCCAAUGUGUCCCAUAGAAAAUAAUUCACUUUUGAUGGCCUUAAUAACUAUCUAAAUAAAUAUGUUUAUUUCAAAAGAUAGACAUUACGUCAUAAAAUUUUCAAACAGCUUCAUGACUGAUCAUUCUCAUCACUGAAAUUCUGAAAUCUAUUAUCUCUUUUGAGCAUAAUUAUGCUUGCUCUUAUAAUCUGCUUUCGGCAUAACUUUUGAAAUAAUUAUAUUUAAUUAAAAAAUGUAAAAUAUUAUGUUUAUACUUAAAUAAAUUGUCGACCGUUACAUUUGAAUUUGUUUCUAUGGAUGUAUUUCUUGAAUAAUAUUUUUUAACAGUAAUAAUAAGUGUAACAUUUGAAAUAUAAAUUUUAUACAAAAUAUUUUGUAAUAUGUUUAAAAAAUUAUAAAACGAUAAUACAUAUUUUCUUAAAUUC